AUGGCGACUCGAUCUUUAACACGCAGCUGUUCACAGUUGUCUUCAUCUCAUUCCCCUUCUGCGGCUCGACAUUUCCUCCAACUCGCACCCCGCAGGCUCUUUGGCAGCUCCGCACAUCCAGUCCUAGACUUCUUACUUCCGCCUCCCUCCACAACCCUCUACCACGGCUUAGCCAACAAGACCUCCUUAGUACGAUAUCCAUCUCAGAAGUAUGUCUCAAGACGAGCGUUUACAUCCACUGCGCUGCGCCGCCAAACGACUGCAAUAUUCAACCCCCGAGAUGACGAUGAUGGGAAUCCGAUGAAUAUCCAGAUUACACCUAGAGCAGCCAAUAGAUUAAAACAAAUCAUGUCCAAAGAUUCGAACCCGAAUCUUGCGCUGCGAAUCCAGGUCGAAAGCGGCGGCUGCCACGGCUUCCAAUACAACAUGUCACUUACUACACUUCCUCCUCUGGGCGCCGCGAGUAAUCCUGGCUCCCACAAGGUUGAAGAAGAGGGUUCUCCCGCAUUAAACACUUCCUCGAGUAAUGCCAAUGCGAUGUCUCCCGGAAUGGCGGGAGUCGUGCAGGAGGAAUCUUCGCCGGCGUUGAAUACUUCCUCUACCGAUGCGAAUGCAAUGGGGUCUACAUCAGAGAGCGGGAAAGAAGCUGUGGAAGUGGGGAAGUUGGAUGAAGAUGAUACGGUGUUUGUGGCGGGUGAUGGGUCCGGAGCGAAGGUGGUUAUGGAUGGACCGAGUUUAGAGCUACUGAAGGGAAGUAUGGUGGACUUUACGAUGGAGUUGAUCGGGAGCCAGUUUAAGAUUGCUGAGAAUCCGCUGGCUAGUAGUAGUUGCGGGUGUGGGACGAGCUUUGAUAUUAAGGCUUAA